UUAUUAAUCUGUUCACCGAUGAGUUUGUACAUUUUUGUACUUCUCUUUCUUUGCAGAGAUGAUAAUUACAUUCUGAAUCAUAAAAAAACCGGCUGCUCCUGUCCUGGUUUAGACUUUGAUAUGAAGGAGAAUAAAGCAAACAGUACAGCUGAGGACAGCACUUUCAUUCCAGAACCUCGGUGAGGACGCAUGUGAUCUACAGACACUCAUGGGAAUAACCUGACAGCUUCAUUUCACCAUGGAAAGGAUCCAGGAGAAGAGGCCAUCUGAGUCCAGAUGUGAGUCUCCGCAGGACGAUGGUUCAAAGGAUGGCUUUAAAGAUGAACCGCAGUCUUUAGAAAAGAACAUCCAGCAGCAGAAACCAUCCUCCAGCUGUGUGUCCAUGCAGAGCGACCGCUCAAAAGGCAGACUGAUUGAUUAUAAAGACAGACACGUCUCUGUGGAAAGGAGUCUUGAGAAAUCCAAUCAGAACACCAAUCAGCCAAUCAGCAUCCAGCAGCAGAGACCAUCCUCCAGCUGUGUGUCCAUGCAGAGCGACCGGUCUAAAGGCAGACUGAUUGAUUAUCAAGACAGACACGUCUCUGAACCAGAGGCCAGCGCUGACCCGACUGAGAAGCAUCAAACAGAUCUGGAGACCACGUUUAUGCUGCUUGAGGAAACUGUUGUCACCUUUGUGAAGAAAGAGAUGAAAAUCUUCCAGAAGCUUCUCAGUCCAGAUGGUGAAGAUUCAAAGGCUCAGAAUGAAAAUGAAGAUGUGAAGGAAGAAGAGAGCAUCAGCAACAGAGACGCUCUCCUGAAGAUCACACUGCACGUCCUGAGAAAAAUGAAGCAGGAAAAGCUGGCCGACACUCUGCAGAGCAAAGCUGUUGUUCCAAUAGUCCAACAAAAACUGAAAUCUCAUCUGAAAGAGAAGUUCCAGAGGUUGUAUGAAGGAACUGCUAAAGCAGGAAACCCAACACUUCUGAAUGAUGUCUACACAGAGCUGUACAUCUCAGAGGGAGGGAGUGGAGAGGUCAAUAACGAACACGAGAUCAGGGAGAUUGAAACAAACUUCAGAAAACAAUCCAGAUCAAAAGGUGUGAAGAAAUGUGAUGACAUCUUUCAACCUUCACCUGACAAAGAUCAUCGACCAAUCAGAACGGUGCUGACUAAAGGAAUGGCCGGCAUCGGGAAAACCGUCUUAACCCAUAAGUUCAGUCUGGACUGGGCUGAAGACAAAACCAACCACAACAUUCAGUUCCUGUUUCCGUUCUCCUUCAGAGAGCUGAAUUUACUGAGUGGAAAAAAGUACAGCUUGACUGACCUUCUUCAUCUCUUCUUCACUGAGACCAGAGAAGCAGAAAUUUGCAGAUUUGAUCAGUCCCAGGUUGUGUUCAUCUUUGACGGUCUGGAUGAGUGUCGCCUUCCUCUGGACUUCCACAACAAUCAGAUCCUGGCUGAUGUGACCGAGGCCUCCACGGUGGAUGUGCUGCUGACAAACCUGAUCAGGGGGAAGCUGCUUCCUUCUGCUCGCCUCUGGAUAACCACACGGCCUGCAGCAGCCAAUCAGAUCCCUCCUGAGUUGGUUGACAUGGUGACAGAGGUCAGAGGCUUCACUGAUACCCAGAAGAACGAGUAUUUCAGGAAGAGAUUCAGAGAGGAGGAACAGACAGACAAAAUCAUCUCCCAUGUGAAGGCAUCACGAAGCCUCCACAUCAUGUGUCACAUCCCAGUCUUCUGCUGGAUCACUGCUUCGGUUCUGGACCGUGUGUUGAGAGCAGACGAGAGAGGAGAGUUACCCAAGACCCUGACUCAGAUGUACAUCCACUUCCUGGUGGUUCAGUCCAAAAUAGGAAAUGUUAAGUUUCAUGGAGCAUCUGAGACAGAUCCGGUCUGGAACCCUGAAACCUGCAAGAUGAUUCUGUCUCUGGGAAAACUGGCUUUUGAGCAGCUGCAGAAAGGAAACCUGAUCUUCUAUGAAUCAGACCUGAUAGAGUGCGGCAUCGAUAUCAGAGCAGCUUCACUGUACUCUGGAGUGUUCACAGAGAUCUUUAGAGAGGAGUGUGGGCUGCACCAGGACAAGGUGUUCUGCUUUGUGCAUCUGAGCUUCCACGAGUUUCUGGCUGCUCUGUACGUCUUCGUGACAUUCGUCAACUCUGGAGUCAACCUGAUGUCAGAACAACCAUCAGUGUCCGGGUGGUGGCCAAAGUUAUUCAGAUCAACUGAGAAAUCGAUGUUUCAGAGUGCUGUAGACAAAGCCUUGGACAGUCCCAACGGACACCUGGACUUGUUCCUCCGGUUCCUCCUGGGUUUCUCCCUGGAAAACAAUCAGAGUCUUCUACAAGGUCUGUUGAAGGAGACAGAAUGUGACUCGCAUGCAAUUUGGGAAACAGUACAGUACAUCAAGGAAAAGAUCAGGAAGAAUCCAUCUCCAGAGAGGUGCAUCAAUCUGUUCCACUGCCUGAAUGAGCUGAAUGAGCAUUCUCUGGUGGAGGAGAUCCAACAGUCCCUGAAUUCAGGAAGUCUCUCCACAAACAAACUGUCUCCUGCUCAGUGGUCAGCUCUGGUCUUCAUCCUCCUGUCAUCAGAAAAAGACCUGGAUGUGUUUGACUUGAGGGAGUAUUCUGCUGCAGAGGAAGGUCUCUUGAGGCUGUUGCCAGUGGUCCAUGUCUCCAAAAAAUCCCUGUUAAGUGGCUGCAACCUGACUGAAAGAAGCUGUGAAGCUCUGGCAACUGUUCUCAGCUCUCCAUCCUCCAGUCUAAGAGAGCUGGACCUGAGUAACAACGAUCUGCAGGACUCAGGAAUGAAGUUCCUCUCAGCUGGACUGGGUAGUGCACACUGUAAACUGAGGUCUCUUAGACUGUCAGGCUGUCAGAUCGCUCAGGAAGGCUUUGCUGCUCUGGCUGCAGCUCUGAUCACCAACCCAUCACAUCUGAAAGAGCUGGACCUGAACUACAACCAUCCAGGAGAGUCAGGAGUGAAGUGGCUCUCCACUGCCCUGAGGGAUCCACGUUUGAAACUGGUUAAAUUCAGCAUGGAACACGGUGGAGUGAAGAGACUGACAUCAGGUCCAAGGAAGUAUGCCUGUAAAUUCAGUCUGGACCUAAACACAGCACACCAGAACCUCGCUCUGUCUGAAGACAUCAGAAAGGUGACAGCAGUGGAGGAGGAGCAGCUUCACCCUGAACAUCCAGACAGGUUCAACCACUGGAAGCAGGUUCUGUGCAGAGAAGGUCUGACUGGAUGCUGCUACUGGGAGGUGGACUGGAAAGGAUGGGUCAACAUAGGAGUGGCCUACAGAGGAAUCAGGAGGAAAGGGGAGGACGACGACUGCUGGAUCGGACAGAAUGACAAGUCGUGGAGUCUGCUGCGGUGUGAGAAUAAGUACUCUGCCUGCCACAGCAACAGGAGAACCGUCGUAACUGUCCCCUCGUCUUUCAACUCUGGCAGAAUGGCAGUUUACCUGGACUGGCCUGCUGGCUCUCUGUCCUUCUACAGAGUCUCUUCAGACACUCUGGUCCACCUUCACACCUUCAACACAACAUUCACCGAACCUCUGUACCCUGCGUUUGGGUUCGAGAAGUGUAAAUCCUCAGUUUCUUUGUGUCGGAUCUAA